AUGUCGUACUUCUUCUCGACGCCGGUGGAUAUCGAUAUUGUCCUUGAGGAUGGAGAUGACAGGCAGAUGGUCGAUAUGAAGACGGAGAAGGGAAGGAGGGAGAAAGCGCCGUUGUAUAAGGAUGGAGAGUCUGUCAGGGGCGCGGUGACAGUCAGACCGAAGGAUGGGAAGAGGUUAGAGCAUACGGGCAUCAAGGUGCAAUUCAUUGGCACAAUUGAGAUGUUCUUCGACCGAGGCAACCACUACGAGUUCCUAUCUCUGGGCCAGGAAUUGGCCGCUCCAGGAGACCUGCAGCAUCCCCAAGCAUUCGAUUUCAACUUCAAGAACGUCGAAAAGCAGUACGAGUCAUACAGUGGCAUCAAUGUGCGCCUCCGGUACUUUGUACGAGUGACAGUGUCGCGGCGUAUGGCGGAUGUAAUCCGGGAGAAAGAUAUUUGGGUAUACUCGUACCGGAUACCUCCCGAGAUGAACAGCUCGAUCAAGAUGGACGUCGGAAUUGAGGACUGUCUGCACAUCGAGUUUGAGUACUCGAAAUCAAAGUACCAUCUGAAGGAUGUUAUUGUCGGCAGAAUCUACUUUUUGCUGGUUAGACUGAAGAUCAAGCAUAUGGAAUUGUCAAUUAUCAGGAGGGAGACGACGGGUGCGGCGCCUAAUCAGUACAAUGAGAGUGAGACUUUGGUGAGGUUUGAGAUCAUGGACGGCUCUCCAUCCAGAGGAGAAACGAUCCCUAUUCGACUAUUCCUAGGCGGUUUCGACUUGACCCCGACCUUCCGAGAAGUCAACAAGAAGUACUCCACCAGAUACUACCUAAGUCUAGUUCUUAUUGACGAAGAUGCACGACGUUACUUCAAACAAUCCGAAAUCGUCCUUUACCGUCAAGCACCAGAAAUCGCCGCUGGGGCCGGCCAGCAAACCCAGAUCGCAGGCGCUCCACCACCAGAAAGAGCACAAAUUCCACAGGCGUAG